GCCCGCGCCCCCGCACCGCCGCCGAGUUUCUGCAUGACUGUCACAAAGAUGUCCUGGCGUCCGCAGUACCGCAGCUCCAAGUUCCGGAACGUCUACGGGAAAGUGGCCAACCGGGAGCACUGCUUCGACGGGAUCCCCAUCACCAAGAAUGUGCACGAUAACCACUUCUGUGCUGUCAACGCCCGCUUCCUGGCCAUCGUCACCGAGAGUGCGGGAGGAGGCUCCUUUCUCGUCAUCCCCCUGGAGCAGACGGGCAGGAUUGAACCCAACUACCCCAAGGUCUGUGGUCACCAGGGCAACGUGCUGGACAUCAAGUGGAACCCCUUCAUCGACAACAUCAUUGCCUCGUGCUCGGAGGACACAUCGGUGCGGAUCUGGGAGAUCCCUGAGGGCGGGCUGAAGCGGAACAUGACGGAGGCUCUCCUGGAGCUGCACGGGCACAGCCGGCGCGUGGGGCUGGUCGAGUGGCACCCCACCACCAACAACAUCCUGUUCAGUGCCGGCUACGACUACAAGGUCCUCAUCUGGAACCUGGACGUGGGGGAGCCGGUGAAGAUGAUCGACUGCCACUCAGACGUGAUCCUCUGCAUGUCCUUCAACACCGACGGCAGCCUGCUCACCACCACAUGCAAGGACAAGAAACUGCGCGUCAUCGAGCCCCGCUCUGGCCGCGUUCUGCAGGAGGCAAACUGCAAAAACCACAGAGUGAACCGGGUGGUGUUCCUGGGAAACAUGAAGCGGCUUCUCACGACAGGGGUCUCCAGGUGGAACACAAGACAGAUCGCCCUCUGGGACCAGGAGGACCUAUCCAUGCCCCUGAUCGAGGAGGAAAUUGAUGGGCUCUCCGGCCUCCUGUUCCCCUUCUACGACGCUGACACCCACAUGCUCUACCUGGCUGGAAAGGGAGAUGGAAACAUCCGGUACUACGAGAUCAGCACUGAGAAGCCCUACCUGAGUUACCUCAUGGAGUUCCGCUCCCCAGCCCCGCAGAAAGGCCUCGGGGUCAUGCCCAAGCACGGGCUGGAUGUGUCGGCCUGCGAGGUGUUCCGCUUCUACAAGCUGGUGACUCUCAAGGGCCUGAUCGAGCCCAUCUCCAUGAUCGUGCCCCGGAGGUCGGAUUCCUACCAGGAAGACAUUUACCCCAUGACGCCGGGCACGGAGCCAGCUCUGACCCCUGAUGAAUGGCUGGGAGGCAUCAACCGAGAUCCCGUGCUGAUGUCGUUGAAAGAAGGCUAUAAGAAGUCCUCAAAAAUGGUAUUUAAGGCUCCCAUCAAAGAAAAGAAGAGCGUUGUGGUCAACGGAAUAGAUUUAUUAGAAAAUGUCCCACCCCGGACAGAGAACGAGCUCCUCCGAAUGUUCUUCCGGCAGCAGGAUGAGAUUCGGCGGUUGAAAGAGGAGCUGGUGCAGAAGGAUAUCCGCAUUCGGCAGCUACAGCUGGAACUGAAAAACUUGCGCAACAGCCCCAAGAACUGUUAGCUCCCCGGGUGGGCUGCUUUCUAAGCCGAUCUCUCCGUUGUUUCUACUCAUCCCUUAACUUUCCCUUAUCCGGUGAUCCCAGAGACAGAGCCAGGACUGGAGCUGGGGGAGAGCCUGAGGACUCCCACCUGCCACCUCAAGAACUGGAAGCUGACCUUUGACCUCUUGACCUCAUGCUAAUAAAAGUCCCCAGCCUCUCCCGGAGACCCACCGCUGUCAGCCCCUUUCCCUGCCACCCCAGGAGCCUUGGCUUCCUCUCGGCCAGGCAAAGACCACGGACUCUCUGAGGGGUGCCGUCAAUGGACCAGGGAGCGCAGCGGGAAGCCAGCAUCCCAGUAGACUUAGAACUUGAACUUCCCCCCGCAAAGGGGGCUGCCAGGACUUCUCAGCACUCCCUGCUGUGGCUCGCAGCAUCCCUGAUGGACCA